CUGCGGGUGGGGGGUUUCAGUGGCUGUGUCCUGUCAGCCCCGGCAUGUGGGUGAAUUCAGUGUGUGCCUGUGAUCUCAGUCCCUGGGGCUGUGUGAUUUUCACCUGGGGGUGUGUGUGUUUCCCCAGUGUGUGCUCUCUGGCCAGACAGCAAGUGUCAAAAAUCGGGAUGGGGUGGGGGUAAUAGGAGCCUAUAUAAGAAAAAGACCCAAAAAUCGGGACUGUCCCUAUAAAAUCAGGACAUCUGGUCACCCUAUCGCUGACCCGUGUGUGUCAGAUCCGUGUGUGUGUGUGUGUGUGUGUCCCUACCAACGAGCUGGCCGGGCCGCGCCGACUCCGGAGCUCUCUGGGAUCACACACGUGUCGUGUCAGGGCCGAGCCCGGAGCCAGGGAGCCGCGUACGUUACCCCACGAGCUGCUGUUGGCACCGUUCUAGUAAGUCCCAGAUCCACCGGGCUUCAGUGGAAAUCCUCAUCUCUCUGUGUCUGAGUUUCUCCAUCUGUGAAAUGGGGAUAAUAACAUUGACCUGCUUUGUAAAGUGCUUUGAGAUCCACAGAUGAACAGUGCUAGAUAGGCGAAUUUUUUAUUUUUUGGUGCAGAAUUCCCCCAGGAGUAUAGAAGCUUGAGAUGGAAAAGGCCCCGGAUGGCAUCUCCUCUAGCCCAUCCCCUGCUGCAGUGACUUCUCCCCCCAGCAGAUGGCGGCUAAUGACAGCUUCAGUCUGGCGUAUCCGGGCAGCCCCCAGCCCGGGGACCUGAUCGAGAUUUUCCGGCCGGCGUAUCAGCACUGGGCUCUGUAUCUGGGGGAUGGGUACGUCGUCAACGUGGCGCCUGUCGAGGAAGGUGCCGCGUCGUUGCUGGCGAGUGCCAAGUCUGUGUUCAGCAGGAAGGCCCUGGUGAAGAUGCAGCUCCUGAAGGACGUGGUGGGGAGCGACACGUACAGAAUCAACAACAAGUAUGACGACGUCUACGCACCACUGCCCGUGGAGGAGAUCAUCCGGCGCUCGGAGUUCCUCAUCGGCCAGGAGGUGUCCUACGACCUCCUCGGCAACAACUGCGAGCACUUUGUGACACUGCUGCGCUACGGGGAGGGGGUCUCCGAGCAGGCCAACAGAGCAAUCAGUGCCAUUGGGUUUGUAACAGCUGCUGCUGGAGCUGUCUCAUUGCUGGGCUUUUUCCAGAACAGAUCCAGGGAGCGGCAUUAUUAACCACGUACCAUGAGAAACUUACAGCAUGUGAUGGUUGGAUUCCAGAUUGGAAUGGAACCAGCGCAGUCCAUGGAUAAAGCUACAAUAGACACUUGUUGCCAAGGACGUCACUGUUGCCAAGGUCACUAUGCUCGUUUUUGUCAUAGCAACUUGUAUUCAGUUGCAGAUGUUGAUUUUCUUGCUAACCUCAGGGGACUCCCUGGCAAAUUCUUCAUCCUCACUGGUGCUGUUUUGCUGGUGACUGGGCCUGAGCCAGCAGAAGAGCUUUAUGCACAAUUGCUGCUGACAGUGUUUUUAUAGACUCAGCUUGCUGGGGUUUUUCAGUGAAUAAUUUAUAUUUUUUUACCUGUUUGGAGAAACGUUUUUAUGUGUUUUGAAAAAGAAUAUUCAUGAAACUUACAAAUAUUCUGAGGGGCCUUUUCCCCAUCCCACGACCGGUGGGUUUUACAAGUGGAAGAUCGCAACUGCUUAGAUUUGUGGUGUGUGCUGUGUGGUGUGGGACUGUGCACAAGGGCGUACUCUGCGCCUGCGAGGCUGGAACACACAGCUGCUCUCCAGGUCACAGGAGAUGGGACGCAGGAGCAGGUCCCUUCUCUUGAAAGGGAGAGAAGGGAGCAGGGAGCAGGUCCCUUCUUAUUUUUAAAUGGGUGUUUUGUCUUGGAUGUGAUGCUCUUUUGCUUUAAGAAAUAGACCUUUUUCCCACCGGUGAAAUGAUUCCUGCAUGCCGUUCCUCUGGACCGGUCUGGUUCACGCUCAGACCACCACAGGGAGGCAGAACCAAGAACGCGACCGCAGCAUUUUCUGGCUACUCUGUGCUCCUGCCCAGCACCCAGUGUUUUUUCUGGACUGCCUGUGCUCAAACAGGCUGCUAUAGCUGGGAACUGCUAGCACUGAACCCUACCUCUCCUGGUUUCUUAAUGACCCCCGGGGCUUGGACCUGCCCUGAGCCAAGAUGGGGAAAAUAACUCUAAAUCCUGCAAAACCAGUCCUUGGUCUGGAGCUGUUCACCCCCCAGAGCCUCAGCCAGAAACUGAGCUUGAGCCCGUGUUUAAAUUCAGUUCUUGGUCUUCUCCUCCUGCUGGUUGGAGGGUAGAUCCAGCGCUCCGGAAGUGGUGUGGGGAGUGUGCCAAAGAAAGCAAGUUGUGUGUAUUGCAGAUUCUGUUAGCAUCAGUUCACCUGCCAGUCCCAUGUGGGUGACACCUGGGUUUUUUGUAAUGAAUCUGGUUUUGUGCUUGAGUGAUUCAGUAGCGUUCUCACUGGCUUGCAGCUAGUGUAACUGGCCCACAGGUCUGGCCCUGUUCUUUGAAGCCUGAAAACAAGAUACUACAGUGCUGGCUCUUACGCUGUGCCACUCCACUGACUGCAGUCAUGCACAGGCCAACCCACCGUCUGGCUCAGGGUAUUUACUGCAAAGUCUUGUCUGCCGUUGAACACGUCCCUACUUGAAUCAGAGCUUUUUUAUUGUCGGUUGUUUCCAUGUUUGUGGGACUGAAUCUGACAUUCAGUUGUAUAUUGUCGUGCACUGUUGUCUAGUGUUUCCCUUUCUUCUUAAACUAAAUUGGAUAUUAAA